UAUGAGAAGAUUAAUUGUCAACCAAACAAGAAGCAAGACAGUUGCAGCUCGUCCAAGUGCUAAUUUAGAUAGGAUCAAUAAAUGGUUGUAAACUCUUACAGCUAAAGCCAAUACUUUAGAGAGCAGAUUUUAUGCAUCAUAAUUAAGUUCCUUGUUUAAUUUCUAUUCUAAACCAACCACAGGUGCAGCUUAAGUAAUAGCUUAAUUAAAUAAUAGGAAAUUGAUUGGAAUUAUUGGAGAGAAUAAAUCACUACAGAAGGAUUAGUUGAUAAGGUAUAAAAGGGUCAUGAUACUCUUCUUAAUAAAGAAUUUGAUGUUGAACGUAUUUGUCAUCAAGUUGUUUCCAGUUAAAGCAAAGAAUUAGAAGACUUAGAAAAUGAGCUUACUUUCCAUAGUGCUGUUUGGAGCAAUUACUAUUUGGAUUAACAUUUGGCAUUACUCGAUUUAGAGUAAUAUGGAGACAGAAAUGAUUACGUCAGUAUUCUAAUCAAAUUUAUGCAUAGUUCAUGAGGAUUAUGAUUUCUAUCCUGGAUUAGAAGCAGAUUUAGAAGAAUUAACAGAAACUCAUAAUUGGAUUCCUGGAUCAAAAGAUGAUAUUAACUUGAAAGGUUACAUGGUAUCCUAAUUCUAAUGGGGCAAGAAGAUUAUAUCAUUUUAUAGACAUCCUUGUGAUGACUUUAAAGCAGCAAGAGGUACCAAAAAUAUCUUGGGUAGAUGAAA